GCUCUGUCUGCUGCUCUUUUCUUGAUUGUGCAGUUCAACAUUUUCUGCUCCAGAUUUUUCAUUUUAUCUAAAUUUCUGCUCCAGAAACUUUCAUAUAUUAAACUCCUUGUUUAAAUGGACAAGACCAACAUUGCAAGCUAGCAAAUUUGAAGGUUCACGCUCUGUAAAAUUUUGUUCUGAAAUACUUUUUGGUAUUGGUUCCUUUGUUGCACGAAAAUAAUUCGGAAGGAUGGAGUUUGCAGCGCCGUUUACAAAGGUAUCACAUGAGAAGUAUCUGUCCACACCUUUCUCUGAGGAUAUGCAAAAGAAAAAAAGCAGUCGAAGAUCAAAGUUCUUCUACAGUUGUGGGCAUUCACUAUUUACUAUCACACACUUUCUUUGUGCAAAAACAAAAGAGUUGCCCUUUCCAUUUGGACAGCUAGCAGCCAAUACAGAGGAUACUUUAGGCCCAUGGAUUCAACCUGUUGUUGGGUCAGUUGAGGGCUUGGGUUUGAAUCUCCUGAGCAUAGCUGAUUAUCAGUUAUCUCUCAUUGGAAGUGUUGCUGAAUAUAUUUCACCGUCCACUUCAAUCCUGUUUGAAAAAGCUCAAAAGAUAGAAGAUUUUUCUGUGAAAAUGCCAGACAUGGUAAUUAUGACUGUGGACAAGCUUGCAGUUAGGGGAGUGGCUGGUUCAAUUGCAGAUUUAUGGGUCAAAUAUGAAGCUGAAUUGAAUGGAAAAACAGAUAUAAUGCUUAGAAUGGCAGAGAAAGUGCCUUUUUUGAGUCCAAUUGCAAGCGUAGUCAACUCAGCAGUGAGUCCGUUUGCUGGGAUGGUCUCUGACUGGAUGCUUAAACACAGUGAAGUUGAAGUGAAGGAAGUUCCUCCAGAUGAUACUGUUGCUAAGAGUGUGACUGACGGCCCCAUAGAUGAUACUGUUGCUAAGGAUGUGACUGAUGGCCCCAUAGAUGAUUCUACACAUGAGGCUGGUAAUGAUAGUCAAUUCCUUGAGAGAAUAGAACCUUCGACCAAAAAUCAUGAUGCUUCUGUAUCCAUCGAGGAGCAAUAUUCUGACAAUAUUUUACAAGAAGAUAAUGAGACAUCUGAGGUGACUGAAGAGGGAAUAGGCAUGCCAGUUCCAUUGCAUUUUGUAGAGACAUCUCCUGACCCAAUUUUAGAGCUCUUUGAUGCAAGUUGGCACAUGGGCUCCUCUGUAAUCUCCCCCAAAACAGGGCCAUCUCCCAAGAAGAAAGCAGGCAAGUAGAACGGUUUUAUCAGCUGUGUAAGAUUUGUUCCAUUCUGGUGUGAGAACCUAGUUUUUUGUAUGCGUCCAGGCGAGUUUUUUAUAUGCCAAGCAUCUUUCAAAAAUGUAGUGAACUCUGCUUGUUCGGGCAAGUUUAAAUUAGUAGAGUAUAUCAUUAGGAUACCGAGCAAACUGGUUGCCUUUUGUAAAUAAGUUAUAAGUCAGUCUCAGUUUUCUGUAUAUAGGGGUCAAUGAUCAAAUUUCAAGGCUUCCACCCCUCCAGGGGAUUUUCAUUUUCAUAAAACGUCUCUCAAAAGACUGCUUCUCACAAUAACUUUGAGAGAUAAAAAUAAAGAAGAAAAAAUAAAAUUUCAGCUA